UUUACACCCGUUGUCCUCUUUCUUGCUCCUUAUUGUUCGAAGUUACCAGUAAAGGACGCAGUGGUCACCUUCGACUUUGAACAGCUAUAAUUCAUCAAUUUUUUAGGAUAAUCAAUAGGUUUUGAAAGUAUUUGGGAAAAUGACAGUUGUAUCAAAGAUUCCACAGGAGUAUGGCUAUGUAGUUUUGACAGGAGUUGGAAGUACCUUUCUUAUUUAUUGGAUGACCUACAAAGUGGUAGCUGCCAGAAAGAAAUACAAAGUAGAAUAUCCAACCCUGUAUUCUGCUGACAAUGAAAAAUUCAACUGUGUACAAAGAGUUCAUCAAAAUACAUUGGAGGGUUAUCCUACAUACCUGAUGUUGUUGUUUGCUGGAGGUUUACAAUAUCCUAAAACCUGUGCUGCAGCUGGAUGGAUAUGGAUCGCAGGAAAAGUAGCUUAUGCAUAUGGUUACUAUAGUGAUGAUCUAAAGAAAAGACGGUACGGCACAUUUGGUUAUAUUGGUUUGUUUACAAUGCUGGGUUGUACCAUUGGAUUUGGUGUUCGUCAGUUAGGCUGGUUGCCAAGACAUUGCCACUAGAGAUCAAGGUUUGAUUGUUGUACUGAUAUUGAAGAACCAAGAGAGAUAUUUAACAUGAACAAUCAAGAGAGAUAAUUAACAUGAACAAUCAAAUUAUAUACAAUUCUAUUUAUAUAUCACUGUAAAUACCAUACUUUCACUUUUAUACUGACCUCAUGUGCUAGCACAGCUGAUAACAUUUUUUUCUUCAAGGGCUUUAUAUUUGGUUGGCAGGGAAUUUGCAGAUUCUAUUAGGAAUAGUUCAAUUUAUGUUAUUUAGAUAAUUUUAAAUCCUCAAAAACUGGAUUGAUGACAUGUAAUCUAUACAUCAUGGUUUUUCAUACAACAUUUGAUCAUUUGACUUGUGAACACUGAUAAUGUGCCAAGUUAGGUUUUGGUUAAAAUCUGUUAAAGCAUAUGAUCUUUUAUAGAAAUGUAUAUCGUAUCAUUUAAAAUAUAAUUUUUCACUAGGUUGGACAGGAUUUAUCAUUUUGAGUUGAUCAUUAUUAUUGUGGUGUUUUUUUCCUCAAAAAAGUCAAAAUAUUUGAAACAUAAUUUAUGGCUCUUUAUAAAUGAAACUAAAUAGUGUAGUAUAUUUAUUGAAUUAGAAUUUUUUAUGGGAAAUGUGCAAAACACUUAGUUGAAGCUUUGAAGUUGAAUUGAUAUGUUUCAGUGAGGCUCAGUAUAAUUGCAAGACCUUUUUUUAUUUU